AUAUAAGAAUGUUUGAUGUUUCUUUACUCGGACAUUUCGUCUAGGAAAGGUAGAAAUAAACAACAGAAACAAUAUGGAUCUACUACCUGUUAUUAUUGUGUUUCUGCAUAUUAAGGCCAGUUCAGCACUGGCAUAUACAGGAAUACUUAAGAGACUAUGGCCGUUGGAUAGCCAAACAUGUUCAUCAGAAGUAUUAACAACUACUUACGUAUAUGGCGAGUGCACUAACACAUUUGAACACCAGCCACAAGAUUUCCCAUUUAACGCUAUGGAGUUCGACGGUUCUUCUUCUUUUGAUGUUUCUGUUGAUGUUUCAACUACUAACAUAAAACACUACAGUUUUCAAGGAUGGUUCUUCUUUAAAUCUGAUACUCCUUCUUCCUUGUUUCAUUACAGAGACAGUAAGGGAAUCUCAGAAACAAUCGUUUGGACCAAUAAUAUGAAACUAAAACUUUACAGAAAAGUAAAAUCCGAUGUGAAAUCUUUCACAGGAAUUCAGCAAAUUUCGAAAUAUAGAUGGUACUAUAUUGUACUUGGUGUAGGCGAAGAAGGUUACGUAUCCGUACGUAUUGAUGGCGUAAAGGAUGUCUAUGGAAUGCUCACCAACCGUAAGAGCAAAGAAAUGCCAGGUACAUUGAGAAUUGGUGGAGAUUUUAGGGAGGCACAUGCAAACGUUAAGGGGCGAAUUACAUGUGUUGGCUUUCAUCUGAAUACUAGGGAUGCCUCUAAGAAUGUUGUUGAAGAUGUGUGCACUGAAACGGCUUGGUUGCGUAAGUUCACGUUUUAA